AUGAAUGCAAUGGGAACGUGGUUCAUUCAAGAAGUGGGAGAUGAGGAUGAAAGCAACAAAGAAUGUUUGCUUUAUGACUAUAGUAUUAAGAGAAAUAAACGGUCACCAUCGGUCAUUGUUGCAAAUUAUUAUCAUCAACAAAUAAGAGACUCAAACGCUCAUAACAUCAAAUUGAUUCAAGUCGGAAAUACUUCAGAGUAUACGAUUAAUUGGAAUGGAAAAAUAAGAUCUGGUUGGACCGUUGGAACUGAUUAUGAUUCAUGGUGUGUUGCUUAUCUUUGUUUUCCUGAAGACCCAAAUAAAGGUAUUUUGUAUAUUGGAACACGAAAAAUGAAACCAAGUAAAAAGAGUAUGGAAAGUGCUCAUCUUCUAAUCAAACAUCUUGGAUUUAAUACGAACAAAAAUUAUUUAAAACCAGUCCAUCACUCUAAUUGUAACUUUACAAGAAAUUAA